AUGAAUUACGCAAAUAUGAUUGAGGAGAAGCACCUCAAAAAAGGCUUCAUAAUCGCGACACUGAUCUCGACGGUGAUUGGCACGUUCACGACGAGCAUCGGCCUCUACGAGCGCGUGCGCGACCGGCACCGGCAGCAUAAAACCGACCAUGGGCAAGACAAAAAAAUCAAGGAGCUGGAGCGGCGCGCCGACGACGCUGACAAGGCACGGCGGCAGGCCGAGAAGGACAAGCACGAGCACGCCAUGGCCCAGUUCAACCACAACAACAACAACAAUAACAACAACAACACCAACUUCCACGGCUAUCCGCCGUACCAAUACGCCCCAUAUGGCCGUCCCCAAAACGACCUCCGUGACGCCCUGGCAGCCAGUGGUCCCAUGAUCCGCGGUGAGUACGACCGCGACUACGAGCGUCUCGGGUCGCGGUUUGCUGUGGGUGACGCGAUUGCCGAAAACGAGCUGCAGGCCCAAAUCAUCGACCUGCAGGCGUCCGUCAUCCGCUUGCUGCAGGACGCGCUGGAGACGGGCACGCUGCCGGAUCCGGCGGUGCUGUAUGCCGCGGCCGGGCGCGCGCGCAACGGGAGCAUCCAGGCGCUGCGGGACCAGUACCAGCGGAUGAUGGUGGCGGCACCCGUACAGCGGGCGAUUGAAGGCGUUCGCGGAGGCGGUGGCGAGGGUGGACGCCGGGGUCUGCGGUCGGCCUCUGUGGCGUCGAGCGCACGACGAGGCGCCGGGGACGACUACGCGGCACGGAGACGAAGCGGCCGCGACUGGGCGGCACUGGACCGUGAGCGCGACCGCGACUGGGAUGGCGACAGAGACAGAGACUGGGACAGCGACAGGGACAGAGACCGUGGACGGCGCAGCCAGAGCCAGUUCGGUGCCCGCCGCGCAGCAACGUUCCCUCUUGAAGCGCCGCGGCCGCCGCUGUUUUGCCGCUACGCCAUCGAGCUGCAGCAAGACUGGCGACGACCGCUCAACGGCGGCGAUGGUGACGGAGCCGGUCCCAGCCGACGCAACAGCCGGCGCGACGACGACGACGGCGACAACACCACCAGCACCAGCGACGACGGCGACCUCAUCUGCCCGGCCUGCAUGGGCCAGUUUGCCAUUGAGCACGACCGUUCGUGGAAGAUGCACAAGCCAGUGGUUGUGGGCGAGCGCGUCGAGGAGAUUGUCAACCGAGACAGCAAAAAAUCGGGCAGCGUUGGCGGCAGCGGCGACAACAACAACAGCAACAUUGACCUCGACGACGACACCCCGGGCAAACUCGUCACGUCGCGCCGCCGCAACAUCAUCGAGCUCGUCCAGGACCGCCAGUUUGUGCUCAGCAACCGCUUUAUUGUCAAGUGCCACCGGCCGGCCAUGUACGAAACAGCAGACGACUACGCCGGCAGCGGCGUGCUGCUGCCGCCCACGUUUGCGUGCUGUCUCUGCGACCGCUUUGACACGGUCGGCGACGGCAAGGUGGCCGUGUGCACCACCAUGACCCGGCUGGUCAACCACGUUUGUGAGAAACACACCGUGGGCGAGCUAUUGUCGGACCCGGACAUUCGAGAGCUGCGGACGAGGCACUAG